AGUUCAAAAUCCUCUUCCGGUAUUUUUGGCUCGGUCGGAUGUGUUUUUGUUCGUCAUGGAAGGGAGAGGCAGUGCCGUCAAUACUCCUGCCGGCAGGCCUGUUACUCGCAGAAGCAAGAGUUAUGGUCGGAGCUGUUUGGAAGCACCCUCAUAUUUCUGGCAGACAACAGGACAUUUAACAGUCUUGAAGGUCCCAACCAGCAGAGGGGCUGCCAAAUCACAAAACAUCACAAAUAAGGUUGACCCUGAGCACAUUGCCCUCCUGGUGAAAAAUGAGUGGAAGCUGUCUUACGUCACCCCUUUGCAUGGCUUCAGACACACACAGCUAAAGUUAUAUUCCAAACAUCUCUCAGCCUUCAUCGUGGCAGAGAAACAACAAGGAGUUGCAGUUGAAGUGGGGUUGGAGCUGGGAUUCAAAGUCACAUUUACUGCAGUUCUUGGAAUGGCUGAGACUGAGGAGGAUGCUGAGACGGUUUUCAUUCAGAUCCAGUCCAAACCAGUGUUUGCUGCAGCAGGAGAUGCGCCGAAAGUGGUGUGGCGCGGUUGGCUCACGUGUGUCAAUGGUGAUCCUGAAUACCUGAGGUCUCUUCCUCCUGAUUUUGUCAGCUUACCUUUGUUUUUCACCAGUGGACCAGAGUCUCUUACGGCUCUGGUUAAGUCCUGGUUCAAGAGAGCUUUUGACUGUAACUUUGGCUCUUUGAGUUUGAAUUCCACUACUCUGAACUGGCUGGCUGCUUUGUGGACCGGCUGCCAUCCCACUUGCAAUAUCAGAUACCUGAAGUUGGCCUGGAGCCUGCCCACACAGCCACCGUUGGAUAUCUCAUAUACAGUAAACCCACAGGAUGCGUGGGAGCUCUGGAGCAGUGUUCACCCAGAGGAGAGUGCAGAUGACAGGAUCGAUAUCAAGGAGGUUGAGUCUUUCAUGGCUGGGCUGGAGACUCAUUUUUUCAGACAUUUUAAGAUCUACCUGUCUGCUGGGAAACUUGUAAAAGUAUCUACUGCUCUUGGAUCAGCACAUCUGGAUGGGAAAAUUAAGAUUGGAAACAGUGACUACAUCACCACCUUACUCACACUACUGACGGAAUGUGCCCUUCUGAAAAUGCCAACUUAAGAUCUGCAGCAUAUUUUAGAUUUGUAAAUACCUUUUUUUAGAUAUAUAUUCAGCCCCUUAACUUUUAAAUCUUUUUGUCUGAAGUCUCAUAUUUAUUUUUUGAAAUGUGCUGUAAAAAAUGUUUGUCUUUCUUCAAACUUUUAAAAUGUAAUUGUCUUGUUUUUAUUCUGCCUUUUUUCUUUCCUUUAAAUGGCCAAAGGUUUUUUCCUGGCAAAUAACAUUAUAUUAGCCCCCAAGGCUUUGAUUAAUGUGAUACAACAACUUGUCUAUGAUGUGUAAAUAGUUAUCUCUAUAUGUAUAGCUGUUCAUAAAUAGAGUUGAGACAUUUAUUGGUGUUUACAUUUGUCUUUCAAAUUUGGUAUAUUGUAACAUGUUGCUCUUUUAUUGACGCAUUCUACCCUAUGUAAAACGCUUAGGGAAGGUUCUGUGAUCUUUACACAGUUAAUGAUGAAAGACACCAAUUUUGAUUUUUAUGUAUCCUUCAAAGUCAUUUCAGUAGGGCCUGUGGAAUUACCCCAUUGUGUUACAGAAUCUCGCAAGCAUAAGUUUGUGUUGUGAGAGUAGAUAAAGCUAUUGCUUUGAAUUUCAAAAGGUUGGUUUCUCAUUUUGUGAUUGAUUUACCUUGACAGUCUAUGUUUGGGAUUUAAAUUUGAUUCAUUAUCACUGAAGACACACCCUUCAUUUAAACAUUUUCAUCAUAAAAGGACAAAGAAUGUGCAGAACAAAUACCUUUGCUUCAGUAAAGCAUAAAUCUAAGUUGAGUUCUCCUAUAUCUGUUUUAACAAAUCCCCCAGUUUGUAUGGGGAAAAAAUAAAGACAUUUUGAUUAAGAAA